GAAAGAACAAGCCUUUCCUCUUUAUUUCUCUGCCCUUUUUUCUAUGAUGCAGGAAGAGGGUGUUGAAUAUCUAUAUAUAUUGAAAUACAGAAAAUAGGGGUUGUGGCGUUACUCGCUUUGUUAAUCUGUCUUGGAAAGUGGUGUUUCGAACGUUGGAGAGGUGAAGCUUUCUAGGUUGGUGGAGGUCUUAUCCUUUGCAAAGUAUAGGGAAGACUUUAAAAACAAAAGACUUUUACUUUCUGUGUCGGGAAGUUUCAGAAUUUUGGGGUUCCGUUCUGAGUUGGGUUGAAGUUCUCUGAGAUGGGUUCCUGUGGAAAACUUGCAAAGAGGGCUGUGGAUACUGAUAUGCCGGUCAUGGUUCAGAUACAACAAUUGAUCCGAGGUGCCAAAAAUGCUGUGUCACUGGCGCAGGGAGUAGUUCAUUGGCAACCACCCAAACAGGCAUUGGAUAAGGUGAAAGAACUUGUAUGGGAGCCUUCAAUUAGUCGUUAUGGUGCUGAUGAAGGUAUACCUGAACUCAGGGAGGCAUUGGUAAAAAAGUUGCGACAAGAAAACAAGUUGUGCAAAUCUUCAGUUAUGGUUACUGCAGGGGCAAAUCAGGCAUUUGUGAACCUUGUUCUUACAUUGUGUGAUGCUGGAGACUCCGUGGUCAUGUUUGCACCGUACUACUUCAAUGCCUACAUGUCCUUCCAGAUGACUGGAGUUACAAAUAUACUUGUAGGUCCUGGUCAGCCAAAUACACUUUACCCAGAUGCAGAUUGGUUGGAGAAAACACUGUCAGAAACAAAACCAACCCCAAAACUUGUCACAGUUGUUAAUCCUGGCAACCCAUCUGGAACCUAUAUUCCAGAACCUCUUCUUAAGAGGAUUUCAGAUAUUUGCAGAGAGGCUGGAUCAUGGCUUGUUGUGGACAAUACAUAUGAGUAUUUUAUGUAUGAUGGAUUGAAGCAUUCUUGUGUGGAGGGAAAUCACAUUGUCAACAUCUUUUCUUUCUCAAAAGCUUAUGGGAUGAUGGGAUGGCGAGUUGGCUAUAUAGCAUACCCAUCCGAAGCAGAUGAGUUUGGCACUCAACUCCUCAAAGUUCAAGAUAACAUUCCCAUCUGUGCUUCAAUACUUUCGCAACAUCUUGCCUUGUAUUCACUAGAAAUGGGAUCCGAAUGGGUUGUUGAACGAGUGAAAGGACUUGUCAAAAACAGAGAAAUUGUUUUAGAAGCUCUCUCCCCACUCGGGGAAGAGUCUGUUAAAGGUGGAGAAGGUGCUAUAUACCUGUGGGCGAAGCUCCCGGACAAAGUCGAUGACUCUGAAUUUGUUCACUGGCUUGCUCACAGACAUGGGGUGGUUGUGAUUCCUGGAAGUGCAUGCGGGUGCCCCGGAAAUGUGAGAAUCUCAUUCGGUGGCUUGUUAGAGGAUGACUGCAAAGCUGCUGCGGGGAGGCUGAGAAAAGGAUUAGAAGAGUUGGUCAAGGAUGGAAUGGUCAAGUAACUUUCAUCUUACAUUGAUUCAACCAUACAAAUUUACAGCUAUUUCAAAAUAAUUGGUGGGGUGGGUGGGAUCUUUGUUUAGUCAAGUCAUAUAAAAGAAAAUAGGUUUAUUUCAGUUAUGUAUAAUCCAAAAUGGCAGUUCCAAGUCCCAAAAUGGCAAAAUGUGUGUUUCUGUUAUCAUAGCCAUUAAUUAUCAAACUACAUGUUUCAGUGUCCAAAUAUAAAUAGUGAUGCUGUUUUAUCUCUGCUUUAUUUGUUCUGACCAU